GAGACAGAAACGGGUGAAAGGUAUCCGGCUGUGUAUACGCGAGUGGAGUAGAUGAAGUAGAGUACAGGUUCAUCGUAGGAGAAUGAUGAAUGUAAACAGAUUUAUCGUCUUGUCUAAAUCUAUUCAAAUCGGAAAGCGGCUACUCGCCUGUCAUGUGAGGCAUGCUGGGAAAGAAGUGCCACAUUUUCAGCAGCAGAGGUCUAUUAAAACCCACUCAAGAAACCUCGCUUAUGCUAAGGAUUUGUUCCUUGGUCAGGUGAACAAGGCUGAAGUCUUCCCUUUUCCAGAAAUUGGAAAUGAAGAGGUAGAGGAGAUCAACCAGCUUGUUGCACCGGUGGAAAAAUUCUUUAAUGAGGAAGUUGACUCAGCAAGAAUAGACAGAGAAGCCAAAAUCCCCCCGGAGACUUUGAAUGGAUUGAAGGAGCUUGGACUGUUUGGAAUCAUGAUUCCUGAGGAGUAUGGGGGUCUUGGAUUGUCCAACACUAUGUAUGCACGACUGGCAGAGAUCAUCUCAUUAGAUGGCUCUAUUGCUGUAACAUUGGCUGCACAUCAAGCCAUUGGAUUGAAGGGGAUUCUGAUAGCAGGGAAUGAAGCCCAGAAGCAGAAAUAUUUGCCCAAACUGGCCUCUGGAGAACACAUUGCAGCUUUCUGUCUGACAGAGCCUGGCAGUGGAAGUGAUGCUGCCUCCAUUCAGACCCGUGCAACUCUGUCAGAAGAUGGAAAACAUUACCUGAUCAAUGGCUCCAAGAUUUGGAUUUCAAAUGGCGGUAUGGCAGAUAUUAUGACCGUGUUUGCCAGGACGGAGGUGAUUGUAGAUGGUGUGAAGAAAGACAAGAUUUCGGCAUUUAUUGUGGAGAGGGCUUUUGGGGGCAUUACCAGUGGCAAGCCUGAGGACAAACUGGGCAUCAGGGGCUCCAACACUUGUGAAGUGUCCUUCGACAAUGUCCCAGUGCCACUGGAAAAUGUAAUAGGGGAAAUAGGUGGUGGAUUCAAGAUUGCCAUGAACAUCCUGAACUCAGGGAGGUUCAGUAUGGGUAGUUCUUCAGCUGGAAUGAUAAAAAAGCUGAUAGAAAUGACCUCUGAAUACGCUGCAACCAGGAAGCAGUUUAACAAAAGCCUGAGUGAAUUCGGUAUGAUUCAGGAGAAGUUUGCUUUGAUGGCCCUCAAUGUCUUUGUGAUGGAGAGCAUGGCGUACCUGACGGCAGGGAUGAUGGACAGACCAGGACUUCCAGAUUGUUCUGUAGAGGCUGCCAUGGUCAAGGUAUUUAGCUCAGAGGGAGGCUGGAUUUGUGUCAGUGAAGCUCUUCAAGUCCUCGGAGGUCUGGGUUAUACAAAGAAUUACCCCUAUGAGCGCUACGUCAGGGACUGUCGCAUCCUGCCCAUCUUUGAGGGGACCAAUGAAAUCCUGAGGAUGUACAUUGCUCUUACUGGAAUGCAGUAUGCUGGCAAAGUCUUCACAGGGAAAAUAAAGGAGAUGAAGAAAGGAAAUAUAGGUCUUGCUUUGGGCAUGGCAGGGAAGAAACUGAGGACCACAUUUGGAGGUUCAGUGGACCUUGGCCUGACGGGAAAAGAUGGCGUAGUGCAUCCCAGCUUGGCAGAAAGUGCAAAGAAGCUUGAGCAGAAUGUCAGCUUUUUUGGAUCGACAGUGGAGAGCCUGCUGUACAGAUAUGGAAAGACCAUAGUGGAUGAACAGCUCAUUCUGAAGAGAGUAGCAGAUGUGCUGAUCAACCUCUACGCCAUGACAGCCGUCCUUUCCAGAGCCAGCCGCUCCAUUAGCAUCGGCCUCAGGAAUCAUGACCACGAGGUGCUGCUUGCAAACACAUUCUGUGGCAAUGCUUUCUUCAAGAACAAUUACAUGAUGGCUCAGUUGCAAAAAUACUCUCCUGAGAACAACGAUGCCAACAUCAAGAAGAUCGCCAAGGCGGUCUUGGAGAACAGAGCAUACAUCUGCUCUCAUCCUCUUGAAAGAACAUAUUGAGCUCUCUCAUAUGACCGCAAUACUUUAUCUCUUGACUGUACAAUAAGGGCGAGUCAGUUCAGUUCCGAUGAUUUACAUUUACCCAAUGACAACAUUAAAUAAAGAGAUUUAAAUUAUGAGAUUUAUGUUAAUACUUAAUAGUUUUUGUUAAUAGCUGGUGUAUCUUAAUAUGAAAUAUAAAACCUGAGAUCUUUGGGCAUUUUACAGUAUUCUAUCCAAAGUGCUCUUCAGUUGUAGUGCUACAAUGAAUUAUUGCACUGAUACUGAUAGUAGUUUUAAUGCUUAUAAGUCUUUUUGGUAUGUAGGGUACAGUUUUUGUGGGUUCUGGGUUCUACAGUAUUCCCGAAAGCCUUAAUAGCUCAUGUAUGUGUCUUCAUUUUAGGUGCAUACUUUUGAAAAGUGAAGAUACUCUUGUCCUUGUCUGUUAGAGGCAGGGAAGUCCGCUUGUACAGGAAGGAAUGCUGCUUUCCAAAUCCACUAUAAGAAGCAACAGAACAUACCACAUUAAGACACAUUCAUAUUUUUUUAGUAGCUUUAAAAAACUACAAAAUAAAUAAAAGUUCUAACUUGAA